AUGGGUCCGGCGGGGACGGGCGCUGUCUCCGCGGAGGACCGCGCGGAGAGGGGCCGGAGCGGGUGGCGAGGUGCUGCCGCGCGGUUCGCUGCCUCGCGCCGCCUCUCGCCCCUCCUCCCUCCCGGGACAGCGGGGGAAAGCGACGGACGCAUGCUUGCCUUAACGUUCCCCGGGCGCUGCACUGAAUGCGCCCCGUCCUGGCAUUGA